CACGGUGGGGCGGGGUCGGCCCGCAGUGGCCCGCCGGGAGCCUGGGGGCGGAGCUUGUGCGGAAGGCCCCCUCCGGUCGUGCGGCACUGGCGCGGUUCCCGGACCAUGGCGGACAAACAGGGCCGGGGCCGGGGCCGGGACUCGGUUCCCAGCCCAUCGGUGCUGUUUCUACACCCGGACCUGGGCGUGGGCGGCGCCGAGCGGCUGGUGCUGGACGCAGCGCUGGCGCUGCAGGCGCGCGGGUGCAGCGUGAAGAUCUGGACAGCUCACUAUGACCCAGGCCACUGCUUCGCCGAGAGCCUCGAGCUGCCGGUGCGCUGCGCUGGUGACUGGCUGCCGCGCUGCCUGGGCUGGGGGGGACGCGGCACCGCCGUCUGCGCCUACGUGCGCAUGGUCUUCCUGGCGCUGUACGUGCUGUUCCUCGCCGAUGAGGAGUUCGACGUGGUGGUGUGCGACCAGGUGUCUGCCUGUAUCCCAGUGUUUAGGCUGGCCAGACGGCCUAAGAAGAUCCUGUUUUACUGUCACUUCCCAGAUCUGCUCCUCACCAAGAGAGAUUCUUUUCUUAAGUGGCUAUACAGGGCCCCAAUUGACUGGGUAGAGGAAUACACCACAGGAAUGGCAGACUGCAUCUUGGUCAACAGCCAGUUCACAGCUGCUGUUUUUAAGGAAACAUUCAAGUCUUUGUCUCAUAUAGAUCCUUAUGUCCUCUACCCAUCUCUGAAUGUCACCAGCUUCGACUCAGCUGUUCCCGAAAAUCUUGAUGACAUAGUCCCCAAAGGGAAAAAAUUCCUGUUCCUCUCUAUCAACAGAUACGAAAGGAAGAAAAAUCUGACUUUGUCACUGGAAGCUCUAGUACAACUGCGUGGAAGAUUGACAUCUCAGGAUUGGGAGAAGGUUCAUCUGAUCGUGGCAGGUGGUUAUGAUGAGAGAGUCCAAGAGAAUGUAGAACACUAUCAGGAAUUGAAGAAAAUGGUCCAGCAGUCUGAACUUGGCCAGCAUGUGACCUUCUUGAGGUCUUUCUCAGACAAACAAAAAAUCUCCCUCCUCCAUGGCUGCACGUGUGUGCUUUACACACCGAGCAAUGAGCACUUUGGCAUCGUCCCUCUGGAGGCCAUGUACAUGCAGUGUCCAGUCAUUGCUGUUAAUUCCGGUGGGCCUCUGGAGUCCAUCGUCCACAGCGUCACAGGGUUUCUAUGUGAACCUGACCCAGUGCACUUCUCAGAAGCAAUAGAAAAGUUCAUCCAUGAACCUUCCUUAAAAGCCACAAUGGGCCUGGCUGGAAGAGCCAGGGUGAAGGAGAAGUUUUCCCCUGAAGCAUUUACAGAACAGCUCUUUCAGUAUGUCACCAAACUGCUGGCAUAAUCACAUUCUGUUUAAGAUCUUUAUGCUACAAUUCAUUAAUGUCAUUUUUAUGGAUUGUAGACUCAGUUUUGAAACCAAAAAAGAAACUAGAAACUACUGCAGAAGAGAUUUUUUUAAAAAAUAAACUUUAGUCUUGAAUCUGAGCCACCUUCCCAUCCGCCACACCUCCCUGUCUGCUUUUUCAGAAAAACAGUAUCUUUUACGCUGCAAUCAUUCUGAGUCUUACCAGUGCUAAGUUAUAAAUGCACAGUUUCAUGUUCAGAAUAUUUUGUUAUACUUUCUCUGGAUUAUUGUUCUUCUUCCUAUAAAUUUUGAAUGAUAUUGUACCUUAAUUGGUAGUUUAAGCGUAUCAUUAUCAAAGUUGGUUUAUUUGGCUUCAUGGCAUAAUGAGGACAGGGGUACUAUAGUUCCAGAAUCAGUCCACCAAAAGCGUUCACAGUCAUCUAUUAGGAAAAUGUUGUUAGUUAUACCUUUGCGUAAACCCAUAGCAAAAGUGCAUUGUAUUUUUUUUUUUUUACAAGGAUUAUUUAUUGUAUUUCUGCACACCAAGACAUGACAAUAAAAGAUAUUGAUCAUGGAAAAAUACACAAAAAAA